AUGGUCAAGAGUUGUUCACCCUGUCAACACCAUCAGAAUUUGAACACUAAGGAACCCCUUGUGUCACAUGAUGUCCCUCCACGACCUUGGCAUACCCUGGGCUCAGAUAUCUUUCAUUGGAACAAUGCUGAUUAUCUACUUGUCACAGAUUAUUAUAGCAAAUUCCCUGUCAUUCGCAAACUACCAAACCUCCAAUCAUCGACUGUUGUUGCCAAUCUCAAAGCUAUCUUCGAGGAACAUGGUAUUCCAAGCAAGAUGAUUUCCGACAAUGACACACAGUAUACCUCAUCUACCUUUCAAGAAUUUAGUCGUACGUAUGGUUUUACACACGUUACAUCAAGUCCUAUGUACCCUCAAUCUAAUGGUCUUAGUGAAAGAGCAGUACAGACGGUGAAACGAUUGUUGCAGAAAUGCAAGGAAUCUAACCUUGAUCCUCACUUAGCUAUGCUGUGCUUGCGAAGCACUCCCCUGAGUCACGAUCUUCCAUCACCUGCAGAACUAUUAAACUCCAGAAUCUACCAAACUAAUCUACCAGCUGUAUCAAGUCCAUCGUGUUCGGCUAGCGGAGAUGUCAAUGUGAAGUUACAACAUCGACAAGACCAGAAAAAGAUUCUGUAUGGCAAGCCAUCAAAGUCUUUACCCACACUUCCAGUACGCAGUCAUGUUCGCUUCUUUGAUCCUGGGUCUAACGUCUGGCAGCCUGGUACUAUACAAGGUGUAGCGUCUACCCCUCGGUCGUAUGUGGUAGAGACAGAAAGAGGUUCAUUCCUGCGAAGAAACCGAAAACAUCUUCAUCCAACUGGUGAAAGUUUUAGCGGUGACAGUGAAAUCCAGCUCAGUGAUAACAUUCCGUUUGAAGUUUGCGCUACAAGUAAGGAUUUACAAGCUGAUGAUGCAAGGAAUCAAAUGUCAACCAGUGAAGAUCCCACAGUUCAAAGUACAGUGAAUGCUGUCGCUCCCCCUGAGCUUCGAAGGUCAAGUCGAAGAAACAAAGGCAAAAUGCCUGAAAGACUGAACUUGUGAACAUUAUCUAUAGUGUUAUUACUAGAACAUUGUCAUAGUUUACUUUUAGAUGAACAUUUAUUUAGGUAGUCGUAAAUGAACAGUCUGAAAAAGAGAAGAAAAAAAAAGUUUUUUUAGAGAAGAGGGGAUGUUGUGAUUUGCAUGUCACGUCACAUCCGGUUCCAUAGCUAUACAUGCUUCAU